AUGAGCUUGAAAUUUCAUUUGUGCCUUCUGCUGUCACUUUGCUGCGGCUUGGCUUUGGCCAAGGAUGGCGCUGACUCGCUGAACUUGCAACUGGAAGAGGACAGUGUUGAGGAGCAGGAUACGGUCGAUGAUGUUUCGAGCACCGAGCUUGAGGGAUUCAACGCAAUUGACGCAUCACCACUUGGUGAAGGGCGGCAGGCUUUCCCUUACCCGUAUCCCGGAUAUCCGUACUAUCCGUAUUACCCGUAUUAUCCGUAUCCCGUACCAGUCCUGCCUACACCACAACCCACAAAUCCAACGGAUCCGAAUAACCCGACACCAACGCCAUUACCUAUACCGAUCAUACCACCACCGCCACCACCACCAUUUCCAUAUCCAGGUUUUGGUCGUCCUGGCUUUCCUGGCUCACAUCCUCCUUACGGCUAUCCCCACCACGGCUAUCCACACCACGGCCAUCCAAAUCAUGGCUAUCCACAUCAUGAUCAUCACCAUGACCAUCCGACCCACAAGCCAACUCCACGUCCCACAAAGCCCACCUCCACACAUACAUCCAAAAUCUGCAAGAAGGUUUUGCAUUUGGGCAUUGUCUGCUUCUAA